AUGCAAUUCUUGCAGGCCCUCAGGAGGAGCUUGAAAAAUGACCGAGAGAAAGUCAACCACAUAUCAAUAACACCAAAGUCCGCGGUCGCGAUAGUGCCACCAAAGAAGGUAAUCCGUGCGUUAUAUGACUACGAGGCGCAAUCGAGCCAAGAAUUAUCUUUUCAAAAGGGCGACUUUUUCCAUGUAAUUGGCCGAGAGAAUGACACAGAUUGGUACGAAGCAUGCAACCCAGCGCUCCCCGAUGCUCGAGGACUGGUACCAGUGGCCUUCUUUCAAGCUUUGGGGAAGACCGAGCGGGAUAGCGGACAGUCUGAGGAGUCACCACAAGCUGUAAGGGCUCCGGACCAUGAUUCUGGAUACUCGGACACCUCCGGGACUUUGGUUGGGACAGGAACAAACACGGCGCGCUCAUCCAAGACAAUGGGCAAGGGAUCGGGGGCAAUGGUAUAUGGGAUCGUGAUGUACGACUUUGCUGCGGAGCGGCCGGACGAACUAGAUGCGAAGGCUGGAGAGGCAAUCAUUGUGAUUGCGCAAUCGAAUCCAGAGUGGUUUGUCGCGAAACCAAUUGGCAGAUUGGGCGGACCUGGAUUGAUUCCAGUAUCCUUUAUUGAGAUAAGAGACAUGACUUCUGGUCAAGCGGUCACGGAUGCACAAGAGGCCGUCCAACGAGCAGGUGUGCCGAAGGUCGAGGAGUGGAAGAAAAUGGCUGCGGACUACAAGAAUAGUAGCAUUACGCUGGGGAAGUUCGAGGCGGCAAAUUCUCAGCAAGGAUUGGAGCAGAGUAUGGACCGAAUGAGUUUGCAGCAGGGCGCCCGACAAUCUCAGCAACCGAAUGGCUAUAUGAGACAAUCGCAACAAGUCAGGCCCGGCCAACAAGUUCAGCAGAAUCUCUACGCGGCAAAGUCAAACUCUCAGCUAUAUGCGCCCAUUUCUGCCCGGAUACCACGAUACUGCUUUGCCGAGGACAAAUAUUGGUUUGUGAUAGAGGCAGCGCUGGAAGAUGGCCGGCAUUGGGAGCUGUCCCGGUAUUACGAAGAUUUUUAUGAUUUCCAGAUUCAGCUUUUGACUGAAUUUCCUGCGGAAGCUGGUAACACGGGAACACAGAAAAGGACGCUGCCAUACAUGCCUGGACCCGUCAAUUACGUUACUGAUGCGAUCACCGAAGGAAGACAACACAACCUGGAUGCGUAUGUCAAGAAUCUUCUCACCCAGCCACCGUACAUUUCCAGGUGUACUUUGGUAAAGCAGUUUUUUGCCCCUCGGGAAGGUGAUUAUGAGAUGGAACCAAAUGCUGUGAACGAGGAAUAUCGAUUGUCAGGCGGAUCACAGCACUCGUCUACAGACUCUCCCACAAAUGGAGCUUCACGGCAGUCUUCUCGUGGUAAUUUGAAUGGUGGAAACUAUGCAGGCCUAUCGGCUGCACCUGCCCGUAAUGUCCCCCAUCAAAGAGGUCUAAACGGCCAGCAGCCAGCAGCAAUGAAGGUUAAGAUUUACUUCGGUGAUGAUCUUAUAGCUAUACGGGUCCCCACAAACGUUCAAUUUGAUCAACUUUAUGAGAAGAUUCGAGAACGGCUGAAGAUCCCAGAGGGAGAAGAGAUUGCGUUAAGAUACAGAGAUGAGAGCAGCUCAACCACCCCCAACCUGAUAAGCGACAAAGACUUGGACACGGCCAUCGAAAGAAACGAUAAACUUAUCAUCUACGUCGAUUAA